AUGUUAACUCGCAUCCUCUCUGUCGUUUCCCUCGCUAUCCUUGCCAUCGCUGGCGGCGUACCUGUGGGCCAAUGCAACGGUGGUUCGAUCCAAUGCUGCGAUAGCGUCCAGCAGGCCAGCCAAGCUUCCUCGUUACUCCAGCAAGUUGGUUUAGUACCCGCUGACGUCGGACUGCUUGGCCAAGUUGGUGUCAACUGCGUGCCCAUUACCGUUAUCGGCACCGGUGCAGGCUGCCAGGCAUCGCAGCAGUCUGCAUGCUGCAGCGGUAACAACUUCAAUGGCCUGGUUACAGUCGGUUGUUCUCCCAUCAACGUCAACGCCUAGAUGUGCGACACUCCUUUGUGUGAGGUCGAUAGGGAGUAACCUGUUGGCUGGAAUGAUGUUGAGGGCAUGUAAAAGCCAUGUAGAUUUGUUUCUCGAAUUUUGUAUUGCAC